CUGGAGAGGAAUCUCCUACAGAUUAUUUUACUUUGCUAAAUUCUGGAGAUGCUGCAUUUAUGCUUCUGUACUUCCCCACAUGCAUGUGUCGUGAGAAUGUGCAUAAAUGAGUCUUUUGCACAGAGCACUUCUUGCUCUAAAAAAAGGUAAGUGAAGCUGUAUUACCGUGCAAGUAAAAUAGUUUCUUAAGGUUAAUGUUUGCUAGGGGAGAUCUUAAGGUGCUUCAUAUAAUAGCAGUGUCUUGAAGAGAGCUCACUUGUGCUGUGGCAGGUGAACCAGCUUUCUUUUGGUAACAAAGUCAUGUAAAUGUACAGCACACCACAAAGUAUGUGGAUGGGGUAUUAUGUAUUCAGAGCAUUUCCUUGCUGCAUCACAAAUAUUUUACAGAUGGAGUAGCACAUGUAUUUGUAAUAGACAGGAGAACAACAGGUUCUCAACUGUAAAGGAACCAAAUAUUGUAUUUUUAAGGAAUUAUGAAACAAUUCCUGAAGUAUUUCAUGCUCAUUCGGUGACAUUUUAAUAAUUCAGAAUUGCUGCUGCUUAAUAAUGUGUUACACAAAUAGGUGACUGAGCUUGCAAGAAGAAAUGAGGAAGAAUCCAUUAGUGGUAUUUAUGAGCAAUGGCUAUUAUGAUUCUUCUUUUCCUUAAAAAUAUUUUCCCAGCCUCCUGUCACCAAUAGUAGAGACGAUAGUUUAUAGUUAACUGCAGGUGAUUUGAGCAGUUUUUUUCUAAAAUAUGUUCCAUUAGGGUGAUGCAGUGAUGGUCUAGACAAACAGAUUGUGUUAGGAGUUACUCCUCUUUGUUUACUCUUACUCGUAUGUGGUUGCUCGACAGUGACUAUGCAAGGAACCUUUAUUUUUUCGGCGGGUAUUAAAGGCUUGCCUAAGGGGGAAAAAACCUCUUGGCAGUGUUUGUCUUGUUAGUGGCUUUCCAGUCUUCAGUCCUGCCUUGAGAGAAGAAACUCAAAGUCCCUGCAGCCCUGCUCCCACCCAGGCUUUCUGAGCUGUGUGCUGCACUGGAGGGUCUUUGCAAGUGUUUGGGAAUUGCUGCAGUGGUUGUUUCUGGGCCAGAGGGAGGGACCACGGGAAUUCAGACAGUUGGAGGGGGCUGCAGGCUGUAGUGCUUGGUUUGGUGUUUGUUCUGCUUUUCUUACUCAAUUGCCUGAGGAAGGCAAAUACACUCACAGGUUCUGUCACUGUUUGGGAGGUAUGUGCUUGAAAUCCUGAACAUCCCUGGAGUGGGGCUCCAGUUUCCAAUGAAGUGCCUUGCCUAAUACAGGUGAUUUCUGAAGCCGAGGGGUUUGUUGGUUUUACUGCUGUUUUUUAAACUGCAGUGGGAGAUUGAGUAGGUAGGAGCAAGAGAAGUCAUUUACAAAGAGAAAAACUGGCUGGUAUCCCAGCAGGAAUUUUUUCCCCUUUUCUAUAUUACAUUCAUGGAAUAGUUCUUUGUCAUUUGUUUCUGUUGUCUGUUUCUGUUGCCUAUAGCAAAAAGAGAUCGUGUUUUAAAACAGUUAAAAAGGGGAAGGUUCCCCUUCCCCCAUGUUUUAAUCCCACCUUCUCUGGGCAUUUUGGGGGACUUUGGGGAGGAGAGGGCAAUGGAGAGCUCUUUUCCUUUUCUCCUGCCUUCCUCCAGUGUCUUUUCUAUAUAAACUGUUUCUAAAAGGAGACAGGAUACAGGAUAAAAAAUUCCCACACCAGUGCUUUUACUGAAACUUUGGGAUAUAAACUGUGAUCAGUUGUAUGGAUAUGGAUGCACCUGUGGGUGAAAUAGGUUCUACUUGUUUUUUCAAAUAACAUUGCAAUUCAGGUUGUUGGGUUUUUUUUCCUUUUUGAAGCUAGUGAAGAGUUACCUGUAGUAAAUAAAAGUUUAAAGUGUGGCAUAACUGUUCUCUUUGCCACUAAGGCAUCCUUGACAAAUGCAGGUCUUUCUGAGAGCCUUGCAGUUAUGGACUUGCAAGGACACAGUGACAUCUUGAGGCUGUCCCUCCUGCUCCUUAUAAGCCUGGCCUGUCCCUCCUGGUUGUGUUGCACACCAAAUCUCCAAGCUGAGACCAAGCAGUGAGCAGUAAAUCACUUCCACACCCAAAACUGCAGGGGCUCUUCCUGCUUUAUCUUCAGACUUUCAUCAAAGCUGCUGUUAAGCUGUGUGAUAACAAUACCUGAGUGUGCUCUUUAACCAGAAAUUAGGAUGUUUAUACAUUUUAACAUGUCCUUUUCACUUGCCUUUGGAAAGCCUUAAAGUAGUCCCUUAUUUUUCCCGCUUGGAGAUGGGUUUCUACUUCACAUUUUGUCUGCUACCUCAUUUACUACCCAAAAGUUAUUUAACAGUGAGGGAGAAAAAAGUAGUGAUUUACCAGAAUUUCUGUAGUUUGUUGAAUUUCUGUAAUUUGUUUUCUGAACUUGCCAUGUUUUUGAAUGUGAUCUGUUUGAAUUACCACAAGUUCUUCUGUCCUGCUCGUGCUGUGCUGGUCAAGGGGUGUGUGUGGAGCACAGGACCCCUGGAAAGCCUGCUCUUGGGAAUGCAUGGAAUUGUGUGACACUGUUGAUUGACUUCCACUCCCUUUUUUCUAUUUAAUGCACCUGUUCUUGGUAGGAUAGUAUCUCCUAGAAUCUUUACAGCCUGUUUUAACACCUGUCUUAGUUUGCUCAUACUGUUUCUUCUGAGGGCUACAUGAAGGGCUUCCUGUAUCACUGGUUGAGGUCACCGCUUUUCCUACCCUUUGUUUAAAUAUAUCCUUAGUUCUUUUUUAGAAUUAGCCUUUGCCUGGAUGUUCUUUUUGUGUAUUCCUACCACAUUUUACUUUUUUUAAAAAUGGGUGUGUGCUCUGUCAUUUGAAAAAAAAAUAAAAUAUGGAGCUAACCAUAAAACCUGCACAGUGCAAGACUCAUUCAAAAAACUAUAAUGGAGAAAAUUUUUCUGAUCUGAAGAAAGAAUAUGGUCAUAUAGGUACUAAAAUGCUGGGAAAAAUGUUUGCUUUCUUUGGAUUUGAAACACUCUGUUAAAUGAAUAUUUUCUUGAAAAACUCCAUUACAGCAAUUCAUAAAGAGCUCUCUCUGAGCAAAGUUUUCUAGUUCAUUUAGUUUUAAACCAAAGAUUGAGAAUCUGUCACAGUCAUCUUGUCAGUGGGUGAAUGGAGGGCUUAAUUCUAAUUUAGAAAGUAAUGCACAGGCAAACCUGUUUGUAAACAGUUAGCUGCUAUCUUUGGGCUUGCUUCUAAGGCAAAUUGAGUGUCUUGCUUUUAUGGAAGUUCUUUUCCUGAGUAAGGCUUUGUUGGCACAAGAACUUCCCCUCUCUUACCCUUUGAGAGAUUCUUUUCAGAGCUGUUCCUCAAAAAAGCAAAAUCCAGUAAACAAUAAAUACAUAGAAACCAGGAAGGAGCAUGACUUCAAAGCUGAGCAGCUGACAAGAGUUUCUUCUGCUGGGUUCAGAUCAACAGGUUAUUCUGAGGUGAUAGUUGUUGUUGGAGGCUGUGAACGAGUUGGAGGGUUUAAUUUGCCAUACACGGAGUGCUAUGAUCCUGUGACAGGAGAGUGGAAGUCACUGGCUAAACUUCCAGAGUUUACCAAGUCUGAGUAUGCGGUGUGUGCUCUGCGGAAUGAUAUUCUUGUUUCAGGUGGAAGAAUCAAUAGCCGGGAUGUCUGGAUUUAUAACUCUCAACUUAACAUUUGGAUCAGAGUUGCCUCCUUAAAUAAAGGCAGAUGGAGACAUAAAAUGGCUGUUCUUCUGGGUAAAGUGUACGUGGUGGGAGGAUACGAUGGGCAGAACCGCCUGAGCAGCGUGGAGUGCUACGACUCCUUCUCCAAUCGCUGGACUGAGGUGGCUCCCCUGAAGGAGGCUGUGAGCUCCCCAGCUGUCACCAGCUGUGUUGGCAAACUCUUUGUCAUCGGGGGUGGCCCUGAUGACAACACCUGUUCUGACAAGGUUCAGUCAUAUGAUCCUGAUACCAAUUCCUGGUUGCUCCGUGCCACCAUCCCCAUUGCCAAGAGAUGCAUCACGGCCGUGUCCCUGAACAACCUGAUCUACGUUGCUGGUGGGCUCACCAAAGCCAUUUACUGCUAUGACCCCAUUGAGGACUACUGGAUGCAUGUACAGAACACAUUCAGCAGACAGGAGAAUUGUGGCAUGUCUGUGUGUAAUGGAAAAAUCUAUAUCCUUGGUGGAAGACGGGAAAAUGGUGAAGCCACAGACACUAUUCUUUGUUAUGACCCUGCAACGGGCAUUAUCACAGGAGUAGCAGCCAUGCCCAGGCCAGUAUCGUAUCAUGGCUGUGUGACCAUUCAUAGAUAUAAUGAAAAAGGCUUUAAACUGUAAUUUAUAUCAUUUUUCCUUGAAAAAAGAAGAAUGAAUCCAGAGGUCUGCUGCAAGACAGGCUUUUUAAAGAUUCCUGAAGUGGGAAUUCCCUGCCUAAGUGUCGUAUGAAAAUUAUAUCCUGUGCCUUUAGAAAAAGGGUUAAUUUAACUUACCAAACAAGUCUACAAACCUAUCCAGAGUUCAGUUAUAUCUGCUGUGGGCUCUGAUAUAAGAGCAGGAUGUUGUACAGUGGUCGGAAAGUUUGCCUGAUGUGUGAUUAGUAAUUAAAAUCUUGAAAGCUUUUUGGGGGAAGUGCCUUCAGCAUUUGUGCCUAUGUCUUUAAAAGCAAUAUCUUCAAGGUGUUUCUGGUUCUGCUAAUGGGAAAAAUAAAGGCAAGUAAAUCCCAAAGAAUCGUCUAGGAUAACUAUCUGCAAUUGAAAAAGCUCAGUUAUAAUUCAUAUGCAUCAUUCUUACAAGCAGAUUGCUUCUACUACCAACUAGAAAUUUGUCAGAUCAUGCAUGGGUUGGAAUUUAAAAAACAAAACAAACAAAACCACAAAAAAACAAACCAAAACACCAACAAACAAGCUACAUUGGACAAAAUGAGAAUCUUUGAGGAAUGCUUCCUUCUGAAGGAGAAACUGGUUGUUUGGUGAGCUAUUACAACACACUGCAGUGAUGACUGUGUAACUUAACCCUGUGGAACUUAUUCAUAGUGUUGAUAAAUGUCCAGCAAAGAUGUACAAGGCUACAUGACACGGAAAACCAGUGGGUUCAGUGGCAUCACAGUGGCAUCUGUGAGGCAAAGUUUGAAUCAGUUUUUACCUUUUUGAAUAGUGUGGGUGAAGGCUGAAAGUUACUGGGUUCACUCUUUGCUCACCGCAAUGUCUAAACUAUUUAAGAAAUAAAAGGAUGUUGAACCCUGGAUUCUCCCAGUUUUCUGAAUCACAUUAUAAAUUACCUGGUGAUAGAGGUGGGGACUUGAGUUUGUGCCCUACAUCUUAUAAAUUGGUCUUCUGGAUAUCUCAUCUGCAGAGAUGGCAGAGAAUCCAGCAAGUAGCUCUUGGCCUUUCUUCAGACAAUCACUUACUGUAGCACAGUUAAACUAUUGUAUAAGCUGCUUGGUCACAGAUAAAGAAGUUCUGGAAAGGUCCCUCCUUUCACCAGAAAAAUAUCUGUGGACCUGUCCAUGUAGCCAUAUGUUUUAGAUAAUUUUGAAGCCUAGGAAGCACCUGUAUUUUGAUUCACCCCUGUUAUUGGGUUGGAGUUUUUUUCAGUAAAGGUAUUUUUUUAAGUCCUCCCUAGAUUUCUGUCCUAGGACUCCUUAUUUCCAGUACAUAGUUGUACAGUUGAGGCACAAAGUUCAUAAAAUCUGAAAUAGCACUUGGGAGUUGGAAAAUGAAUAGGAUUGUCUGAGUACCAAUUUCCUGUAAAUCACCAAAAACCUCAGGAACUGCCUUUCAAAGGAAUUCUGAGGACAGCAGCCAGUAGGGAAGUUGGUCAGUGCCAGGGCAGAAAAACUCCAUAAAACCCCUUGCAGACCCAGCCCUGGCCUUGGGGCUCUGGUCUCCAUGCCUGCUCAGGAGAGUGAAAACAUGCACCAUCUCUGGAACGUUGUUUGUUCCACUGAACUUUCCUCAUCUGUUUUCCCAGAGUAUUUCUUCAUGAGAUGGAAAUUCUGACCCUCAGUGAAGCUGUGCCAAACUGGGAGUCACCAUUUUCAGUAACAUGGUCAUGAGUUUUAAAGAGCACUGGGAGCUGCACUUUGGGAUGCAUUAACUUGUAACCUCAGGAAAGGACACAAAUUUCAGUUUCUGGCUGAAUACCAAACACUGCUUUGGAUAGGGUGGGAAUACUGAUUAAAUAUAAAUAGUUGGAUAUCAGUGAUUGAUCAGGAGGUCAGUCCCUGAGCAUGUACAUUCACAUUGCCCUAAAAAGAAAAUCCCUUGGUAACGUAAGACAAAUGGAUCAGAUAAAUUAAUCCUUUUCUAAAUUUCAUCUGUUUCUGCUCACCAGGUUUUACUUUGAAAUGGCAAUUUCAGUACCUGUGAAUAAGUUCUGUUGGUUGCAAUGGUAAUUGCCCUGUAACUGAUUUUAUGUACUAACAGUGUAUAUAGCUUGUGCCAUCAUUGUAAAUGAAAAUGUCAAAGACUAUAGGAGCACUUCAUCAGAGAUGCAAUUUGAAAAAUAUCCUCCUUUUUCUUUGAUUUCCUCUUGUUUGUAUUCAGACUUGUAACGUUGUCAUGCUAUGCUGUUUUUAAACAGUGCUUAUUCUGUAGGUGUAGAACAGUAACAUUUAAUCUGUGUUUAUAAUACUGCACUACUCUGUAAAUAAGAUACUGCUUUCCAUGGUUUUGAAGAUUCAUUUUACAGUUUAGUUGUCUUUUCUUAACAAUCUAUGUACUGCUACUGUUACCUAUUUUUGAAAAUGACAGUGUUUAAUGAACCAGUAAAUGCAGAAAUGUAGAUGCAGGAAACUUCUGCUUACAGUUCUUGAGAACCUGUAUCAAAACUGAACAGUUAGAGGUGUGGAGCACUGCUAAAUUGCAGUUACUUAUGCAAUAAUUUCUUUAAAACAGGCAGUGAGUUUUUCUUCUUUCUUGUUUACUCUGUAAAUAAUUUGCACUUAUGGCCUGCUCUGUUACAACAGUUAUUUUUAGAUGUACUAGAAAAGAAGAAUUUGACCUUGAUUUAAUGAAAAUGUAUAAUUUUUCUAGAAGGAUGCAUUAAUUUGGAAGUCGCAUUCCUGAGCCACUUGUUCUCCAGUGCAUUUCACUUACAUGUAGAUGGGUUCAAAGAUUUAACCUCUCACUCUUAUCCACAUCUAGAUGCUUGCAGUUUAUGGGCUUGAGCAGCAAGUUGGUUUUAUUUUUUUUCCUUUGUCUCACCUAGGAGAGAAAAUUAUUAAUGUCAUCUGCUAUAAUCAAAAUAUUUCCAUCAUAAAUGGUAGUAGGUUUGGUAGCUUUAGAGCACCUGCACAAAGAUGUAACUUCAGUCCAGCCAUACAUACGAGGCCUCAAGCACCUCCAAGUCACACACAAAAAAUAAAUUCUAAGAAUUUUCUUCAUUCUGCUAAAGAGAAAUGAGUACAUAUUUUUCUUCUCUAUUUUGAGGCCCACUUCUAUUCUUUGCAGUGUGAUGUUAAUUGAAAAGACAGUUGAUGCUUUCUUGCAGCCAGGCUUCUGGAAGGUUCUGAAUCACUGAUCACUGCAGCACACGCAGCCUUGUAGCCCUUGGCUUGUGGCUGAAGCAUUCCCUUUUACAGCCAUCAGCCACAGACCAUUGCCUGGUAAUCAUGGAGUUGGACCUGCAGAUUCCCUCCUUGGGAGUGGUUAAGUAGGCAUAAUUUGUGGAAUCUCUUCCAUUUUAUACUGUGUGUCUGGUAUGCAUUUGGGGAUUGGGCUCUGUGCCUUCCCCUCCAGCACCAAGGGGUCCAGAUUGUACUGUUAUUUUUUAAUUUUGAUUGGCACUAAUGCAGUUCUUACCAAAGACAGCUUUGUUUGUACUCUGUUGAAGCAGAGAUAUUAAUGCAGAUUAUGUUGAUAUGGACCCUUAUCAUAACUUGCUUAAUCUUUUUAAAUAGUAUUUUUGACAUGUCAAAGUUGUGAGGCUGAUGAUGGGGGAAGAGGGAAAUGCUCACCUGGACAGAGAUUCAGAGGAAGCUUUGGUCACCUGUGCUUCAGAGCAAGGACACUACUGCCUGUUCAGUUUCUUCCUCAAAAUAGUUGAGUUCACCUCAUUAUCCUAGGUAAACACUUUGUUUAUCCUGUUUUCCUUUGACUUGCUGCAAGGACAGGGUAAGAAGCAAGCCCACUCACUGCCCGAGGCACUGGGGAGUGCUGGUCAGCAGAGCCCAGCCCAGCUCUGAAGAGCAGAGAUGGGAAAACGCAUUGGAGCAGGCUCAGAGAUGGCAGGAGGAGACCCUGAGUGUUUGGGGGCUGUAGUUUGGCUGGGCUUGCUGAAACCAAGGUGUUCAGGAUGCUCAUAAGUGUGCAAUUCCAGAUACUGAAACUCAGGUGGGAAAAAUGUUUCAUAUUUGUCAAUUCCCAAAACUCAGCUGGAGCAAUAAAAAUGCAGAUCUGUUUAUGGUCUGCUAAAGGCAAUGCUCAGGAAAGCCAGGGCUUCAUUUUUCUGAAUUGCCCAAAUAGGCAAGUAGCUGUGGGCUUCUUUCUUACCAUUGAAGUUGGCAAAACCCAGUGCAAGAGCAUUCAGAAUCUCACAAGACUCGAUCACUGUGAAGCACAACGAAUAUUUUCAUCUGAAUGUAGUCUCAUGUACACAAGAAAUUACAAAUGAAUCGAUUUGUUGUGCCCAAUUAAGAAAAUCUGAGCACCAUAUACUCAGAAAAGGAGCCUACAGGGUAAGAUGAGAUUCCUAAACAGCAGCCUGCUAUCUAGUUGGGGGCCAAGCAGUGCUUUGGAUUCUGUAAAAUACGUUUAGUACACAAGUUUCUUCAGUAUGGAAUUAUUUCAGAUGGCAUUAAUUAAAAUUGAUGAUGAUUGUGUUGGCACUGUGAGCAUUGCCACAAACCAGCUGUGACUGUGUUCUGCUCUCUGCCUUUGUGUCAUACACAAGUUCAUGAUAAUGUUACUGUCCAAGAACUGUAAGCUAUUUGCAGGAAUAUUCCUUUUUUUUUUUCUACUGUAGAGAUCCAGUCAAUGCUGAUAAUGUUUAUGUGUGCACAUCUGUAUGUGAAUUAUUUUGUAAUCAUUCUCUGAUAGUGCUGUUACAAGUGAUGCACAUAAAGGCUCUGUGUACAGCUUGUUAAUAGUGUAAUUAGGGCUUAGUUUGUAUGAUUAGCUCCAAAGAAAAUAAUGUGCAUUAAUUUUGAAAAUACUUGUGCCUUGAAUUCACCUAUAUUUUUAUCUAUUGUGAAAAAGAGCUUGGAUUACUCCUCCCAGUUUACCUUUAUUAUGAUUGGUCUUACUGUCCAGACUGUUAAUGUCCUCCUAGGAGAAAUAAAUCUUGCCAUUCAUUAGUUAGAAGAGUUAAACUUCUUGUUUAUAACAUGCCUAGAAUGCUUCCAUUAUUACAGUGCUAUGGCAGAUUUAAUCUAGGAAAAUCAGUAUUUGGUUUUUUUCUAUUUUUGUUUCCAGCACGCCUCAGUGACAAAGGACUGAGUUUAGUCUUUGAUUUCCUGUCCUUAACAUGUAUGUUUUCUUGUAUUAGUCAGUAGCCUCUGUGAUAUUUCUGAACUCUCUGAAGUCAUCAACCUCUUGUUCAAGUUACAGAAUAUGAAGCAAUAAUGUGGUGCAGCAUGGCAAUAAGCAAAUCAAGAGAUUUGAAUGUAAUGUACUGUUACUAAUUCCAUCUGUGCAAAUGCUGGACCUGAGUCAUUCUCCUUUUGGUGCACCUGAAGCACUUUGGAGUCGGAUUCAUAGGAACUACUUGGCCAUGGAGAGUUUACCUCCUGAACUGUUACUCAUAUUUUCGCCUGAAAUCAUAUUUUGAUUUUCCUUCUUUUGCUGAGGAAAACAGCAGUUUUUAUUAUUCUUUGCCAGUUCCUUUAUUUGCUGAAACACAAAAGCUGUAGUUCCAUGGAGAGCUGAUCUUGCCCUCAAGAACAGCCUGGUGCAGCACAAAUGACAUUUGAACAGGAAAGCUCAGACCACUUACUGUGUGCCAGAGUCAAUGUAACAGAUCUCACAUAUAACAUCAAGGUCUUCAGAUUGUGCUGACAGUAGAAAAAUGAUUUUGUAAUGUAGCACAAUUGCAAUAACACCUGUUAUAUUUAAAUAUACUUCUUGCAUAAUUCUUUAAAGUUUUUUAAAGUUCAGUGUAUCUAAUAAACAUUUGCCUUUUGAAUAGUU